AUGGGAGGAGCGUUGGCAAGACCAUUUGCAAGUAGACUUCUUCUACUGCCCCAGCUUGACGGAAGUCCGACUUUUCUUAUUGUUGAAUCGGAAUCAACACUAGCACCACCGGGGCUGCCCCUGGUGACUGACAAUGAGGAGGGGGAGAGACGAGUAACAGCAGACACACUGCUAGGACUACUCCCUCACACACCAAGAGAAGCAGACGAGAAGGGAAGAGGAAGAGAAUGGGAAGUGUAG